AUGCACGCCAACGCUGUCCUCACCGCUGCUCUUCUGACCGUCCCUGCCGUUCACGGUGCGGCUGUUGAUUCCCGCGCUGCUGUCGAUGCUCGCGCGGCGGCCAACUGCUUUCCCUACGGAAACGCCACCUUGCCUGCCGAUGGCAGUGCACCUACUGUCACUCGCGAUCAGUGGUGGUGCCCCCAGUCCAUGGCCUACGGCUUCCAGGGCUUCUCGUACCCUCUGGAGAACAGUGACUGCAGCUCGUCCGACAAUGGUUUCGAUAAGAUGAACAAGGACUUUGCUCAGAUGAAGAAAGACUUUGGUGCCAGCCUCAUCCGCAUGUACUACCCUACCUGCACCCAGCCUUCCGUCUUUGAGAACGCCCUCAAGGCGGCCGCCAAGAACAACAUGGGUGUCAUCUUCCAGGUCUGGACCAACUUCGGCAGCGGCGACACUUGGAAGACGUCGCAGCAGGCCAUCUACGACGCCAUUGGCAACAACUACCAGAUCGCACCGUACGUGGUGCACUCUGCCGAGUUUGGCAGUGAGCCAGUCGGCGAUGGCAUGGAUGGCGACAACUUUGUCACCGAUCUGGGCAAGUUCCGUACUCACAUGAACAAGCACAACAUCCCCGUUGGUAUCAGUGAGGAUUGGGACCGCCCUGGUAGCAUGUCCAGCAAGGACGGCAAGUCCCUUGGUCCUACAGGCCAGGGAGUCAAGGCCAACUCUGACGUUGCCCACAUCCACCCUAUGCCCUUCUACCACUUCAACGACGAUGAGUCCAAGGGCUGGGCUUACAUUCAAAAGGCCACUCAGUUUGUUCUUGACAACGUCAAACUGCCCACCAUGAUCAGCGAAACGCAGUGGGCGUGGGGCAACACUGACCACUACCCCAACCACAAGGACACUGGUGUUAAGCAGUACACUGCUUACUGGAAGACCUUUGACGACAACUGCGAGUGGUUCAAGUCCAAGAACGUCGGUUGGUUCCUCCACGCCUGGCGCGGCGAGGACAAGUUCGACAUGGUCAAGGGUGAUGGCAGCUACAUCAUCCCCAACUUCCGCCCUCGCAAGUGCUAA